AUGGAGUACCGGUCUCUUGCUCCCACAACAACAGAGAUUCACUGGAUUAUGUCAUUUUUGUUUGUGCUACAUAUAUCUUCUACAAGUGUUCCCACUCUAUGCUACACUCUCAUUGGCUUCUUCAAACCCGGCCACUGUGCCUUUGCUCUUCAACCAUCCUCCACCGUCACCGCUGCUUCCUGCCGCCCUACUCGUUACAUAACAACCACCAUCAUGAAGCUUCUUAGUUGGAUGCAAAAUAAAUUAAUUGGUGGACAAGGGCAUAAGAACAAAAAUGUUGCUUCUUCUGCUAAUCACAUCAAGCAAGAACCUCAAAAAGAAGAGUUUAGCGAUUGGCCACACGGGUUGCUGACAAUAGGGACGUUUGGCAACAACGAUUUACCAAUCGAAAAUGAAGAAAUUCAAGAAACUCAAGUAACAGAAACAUCCUCUCCGGAUCUUUCUGAAUUCACGCCUGAAGAAAUUGGAAAACUGCAGAAAGAGUUGACAAAUCUCUUGUCAAAAAAACAGGAGAUCCCUGCUGAUCUCCCAUUGGAUAGAUUCCUUAACUGCCCAUCAAGCUUAGAGGUUGACCGUAGACUUUCGGUCAAAGUCAACACCGAAGGCGAUGAUAAAGAAGAAGAUAUCGACCGAACUAUUAGAGUCAUCCUUGGUAGAUGCAAGGAUAUAUGCAUGGAUAACAAUAAGAAAGUAAUCGGGAAGAAAUCGCUUUCUUUUCUUUUCAAGAAAAUUUUCGUAUGCAGCAAAGGGUUCCCAACGAUUCCUAGUUUUCGUGAUCCACUUCCGGAAUCAAGAAUGGAAAAGCUUUUAAGGGCUAUGCUUAAGAACAAGAUCAACCCUCAGAAUUCUCAAGCAUCAUCGUCAAGAAAGUUAAUCGAGGGCCGAAGAUCACCACACAAGAAAGGGAAAAUUAUAGAGGAUGAAAAUGAGAAAGACGGGUCAAAAUGGGUCAAAACUGAUUCGGAAUAUAUUGUUCUAGAGAUAUGAAAUCAAGCAUGUAAAUUGUGAAGAUCUCUCGGCGACCAUGAUGACAAAAGUUGUUUCGUUUUCUUGCUGAUGUUUGAGGGUUUUAAGGUAAAAACAUGCCUUGUUUUUUUCUCAACUUCAUUGACAAGAAGGAUGGAUGACCAAAAGUUGAGAUCACUAAA